AGAAUAAUAUAUAUACAUUAUAUUCAGUUAAUAAAAGAUGGCAAAACGCAAAAUAGUAACUAUAUCUUUCUUAGUAAAGUUAAAUCAGUUCAGUAGACUGUGAUCUCUCUUGAAUUCGUAUUCCGCGUAUUUUGUACGAAUUAAAUACCGAAUGGUUUGGUUACAAUGAAUCAUACAUUAUCCAAUGUUUCUGAAGUAAUAUUGUUAAAUAUCACAGCAGUUUCUUUUCACUUCGUAAUGAACUUUUCUGUAUAAUAAAUUACACGAUUUAUGGUGUUUUUUUCUGCAAGAGAUCAAUAAUUUAAAGACGCUUCACUUGAUUUUUGGCCGCAUACCCGUGUGCUUGUAAUAUGCUUCACAAGGGUCCACGUCCAUUAGUUUUGUGCGGUCCUUCUGGUAGUGGGAAAAGUACCUUGAUAAAGAAGCUUUUCGGGGAAUUCCCAGAUACAUUUGGAUUUUCAGUUUCUCAUACAACCAGAGCACCAAGACCUGGUGAAAAAGAUGGGAAGCAUUAUUACUUUACAACUAAGGAAAACAUGCAAAAACAAAUAGAACAAGGUGAAUUUCUUGAAAAUGCUAUAUACAGUGGAAACCUAUAUGGGACUAGUAAACGUGCAGUGGAAGAUGUACAGGAGGAAGGGAAAGUUUGUAUAUUAGAUAUUGAAAUGGAAGGUGUGAAGCAAGUAAAAAAAAGUUCUCUUAAUCCUUUGUAUGUAUUUAUCAAACCACCAUCUCUGGAAGUAUUAGAGAAAAGAUUAAGAGAUAGGAAUACAGAAACAGAAGAAUCUUUACGUCAUAGAUUAUCUGUUGCUAGAUCAGAAAUGGAAUUUGGUGAGAAGCCUGGUAACUUUGACCUAGUAGUCGUAAAUGAUGAUGUAUCUAAAGCAUAUGAAAAGUUGAAAGAAUUUGUGUUCUCAAACUUGAAAAAGAACAUAAAGCAGGACACAUAAUUAAUGCUUUCUAAAUGCAUACUUAGGAAGCUUCUUUGAUAUUGAAUUGUAAUUAUUUUUGUAAUAAUUUUUGUAAUAGAUAAUUAAUUAUACGAUGAAGUACAACAAAGGUUGAAUUGCUAGAGUGCAAAAUAAAUGUAGGCAAAUAAUUUUAUAUGACAGUAAGUUAAUUCUAAUAUGCAAGAAGUAAAUAUAUUUACUAGCUAACUGAGACUAUUCACCAAACGAAGUUGUGUUCCAAUAGCGUAAGUUACUUAUAAAAGUACUUGGGGUUUUGUCCUUGUACUUGUCUUUAUAUCAGAAGUAAUGCAGUUCAGAGUUAUUCGUUCAUAAUUCAAUUCUUCCGGUAUAUCGUAUUCGUAUUUUAUUCAAUGAGAAAAGAGGAUAAAAAAUAUUUUGUUCAGAUAUUCUUUUACCUCAAGAAUUUGAAACUACUAAUCUCAUAUAUCAAAUAAAUCAAUCACAUUAUCAAACUUCUUCAACGUCACUUAUUGUUUCGCAUUUCUAUAUAUCACGUAUUUAUUAUCAUUUCAGUAGUGUAGCAUUAUCUUGAUCAUUUUAUUUAUCAAACUUAAGCAUGUUUUUGCCUGUACGAUUCGCGAAAAGGAUACAGAUUUUCCUAUACAUAGUUACACCCAUUGUUAAUACACGUAUAGUUUUAAAAAAAAUGCGAUAAACGUAUGAAAAGCGUAGUGAGAUAUGUACAUGUUGUUAUAGAAGAUUGUAUCAUUGUUGUAGUAUACUAUAUCAAAUAAAUAUUUCAAUCAUGA